AUGAACCAGCCAGUAUAUAUGUCUUCAAUGGGUGAAAUACCACCAGUCUUCAGAAUCAAUCUCUCGCUCCCUCCAGCACAACGCUAUGUCGCAUUAGCAACAUUGUACCGCGACAGAAUGCGUGCCUUACGCGGCAUGUUCGACGAGCUGGUCAAAUCCAUUGCUCCCAGAGUCCCAGUCCAGCUCAUCCACAAGCUUGCCUGGCUCUGUCUGCGCAAGCUUCACACCCGGGACGAAACUGAGGAACUGCGCGGUAUCAGCCGCACCACCGAUAUCGACAUGUACUUGCUCAUCUGCCUGAAUACGGUCCUCGACCUGCUCAUGGGAUGCACAAGCGGAGGAGUGCGAGUCCGGUCCAGCAAAUCUAGCUCUGCGACUAAAAUGUUGCAUUUCCGCACCCUGGACUGGGGCAUGGAUCCGUUGCGGGACUUGAUUGUGCAGCUGGAGUUUGUUCGAGAUGCGGACCCGAAGAAGGUGCUUGCGAGGAGCAUUACUUAUGUGGGAUUCGUUGGCGUGCUCACGGGUGUCAGACAGGAUUUAAGCGCUUCACUUAACUUCAGGCCUGUGCACGACACUACGCGGGAUUUUGCUUUCUAUGCUAACCACCUCUUCGUGCUUCUUGGACUGCGGCAGUCUAUCUCUUCGCUGCUGCGACAGUGUAUAUUGCUUCCGGCUUCUGAAGAGCGUGGCAGGAAGUCGAUGUUUUCGACUCUUGCGGACAUUGUUACUAAUGUUCCUACCAUGGCCACAACAGCUGCUUAUCUGAUCUUCAGCGACGGGGCCUCAACAGUGAUCAUGGAAAAGGAUCACAGAACAGCAGUAGUGCGCUCCUCGCCAGCGUUUAUUGUCGCAACGAAUCAUGAUCAGGAACCGAGCUCGACAGCGCCCGAAGUCGUGGCUGAUGCAAAGAGGAAGAAUCAUCGAGGUCUCUCGCUGGUUUCGGAGGAAGCACAAACUAUGGCAGACCUGAUCGAGGAUAGUAACUUGCGCCGUUCCUGCAUUCAAUCAAAAUGGGAUGCCGAGGUUCGAAGACACAACGAGGUUCCGACAAUUCGGAAGCAAAUUCAAAAUCCUCCCACAUCAUCGGGGUCACGGUCAUCACUGCGCCUGCGGAAGCAGCGAGAGGAGGAGCAGAAUAAGAUCGAGGCGGAAGAAGAACGUAUUGCAGUUUUGAAUCCUAAUGAUGAUUCUGAUGUUGCUGUCACCGAGAAAUGUGUGGUGAAUUGGUUGACGACAUUCCCCGUCUUAAAUGAAGAGACACACUAUGCUACUAUCAUGGACCCAUCAAAGGGAAAUAUGACCUGGAUUAGGCGGUACUUUACGACCGAAUGGGAUGAAUAG